AAUAUUACAUUAAUUGAUUUUGCAAACAAUGGUUCUUUCUGAGAUGGCAUCUGUGAUUCAGCUCUUCAGAACUUAAUGAAGCUGGUGACCCUGUUGGCAAUGUGGAGAAAUCAUGACAGAAAAUGUAGUUUGUACUGGAGCUGUCAAUGCUGUAAAAGAAGUUUGGGAAAAAAGAAUACAGAAACAAAAUGAAGAUCUGAAGAGAGAGAAAGAAUUUCAACAGAAGCUAGUGAGGAUCUGGGAAGAGAGAGUUAGCUUAACCAAAUUAAGGGAAAAGGUCACAACAGAAGAUGGAAGAAUGGUUUUAAAGAUAGAAAAAGAAGAAUGGAAGACCCUCCCUUCUUCACUACUGAAACUGAAUCAGCUACAGGAAUGGCAACUUCAUAGAACUGGAUUGUUGAAAAUUCCUGAAUUCAUUGGAAGAUUCCAGAAUCUGAUUGUGUUAGAUUUAUCUCGAAAUACAAUUUCAGAGAUACCUCGAGGAAUUGGACUGCUCACUAGACUUCAGGAAUUGAUUCUUAGCUACAACAAAAUCAAGACUGUCCCCAAGGAACUAAGUAACUGUGCCAGUUUGGAGAAACUAGAACUUGCUGUUAACAGAGAUAUCUGUGACCUUCCACAAGAGCUCAGCAAGCUGUUAAAUCUUACUCACCUUGAUUUGAGUAUGAACUAUUUUACUACAAUCCCUCCUGCUGUGUUGAAUAUGCCUUCCCUUGAGUGGCUUGACAUGGGAAGCAAUAGACUUGAACAACUUCCUGAUACUAUAGAAAGAAUGCAAAGUUUACAUACUUUAUGGCUGCAACGGAAUAAAAUAACAUGCUUGCCAGACACAAUCAGCAAUAUGAAAAAUCUGGGUACUCUUGUUCUCAGCAACAAUCACCUGCAAGAUAUUCCAGUGUGCAUGGAGGAGAUGACAAAUCUGAGGUUUGUCAACUUUAGAGACAAUCCACUAAAAUUGGAAGUAAAACUUCCUCCCAGCGACAUCAUAGAUGAAGAAGAACAAGAAUUAUUUGGCCUUCAGUUUAUGCAUGCAUAUAUACAGGAGUCACGGAGAAUAGCAGCCCUUCAGUUCUGGUAUUUGCCACGGACAAAUUCUGACAAUAUACAAAUACAGGUAUGACCCUGAAAAAUGUUAAGAUAACCAAGUCAACUGUUGACAACAUUACUGGUCUCUAAAAAUAUGAUACAUAAUAUAAUUCAAGAUGCCCUGCUGAAGAGGACUACUUUGGGAACUUGGUGAAUUCUCUAAUGUUUGGACUUCUGAAGUCAAAAACAAACCUAUUACCAAAGUUUCAUGAGACCAUGACAUUUUUCCAAAGUUCAUAUUCUGCUAUUUAAAUUUACAUGAAUAUAAAAAAUUUAAAAUGCUAGUUUUUGGUGAAAGACAGAUGUUCCAAAUUUCUUUUCCACUAAGCAACUGUUUCUGGUGAUAAAGAAUGAUUUGGUAGAGCUGUUAAUAGUACAUUUUCCAAAGACACGAGAGGAUCUACAUAGUACUGUAACGCAGGAGUGAAUCCCUUCUGCUGUAAAUACUGUACUCGGCCUUGGUCAAUCAGCAAUUUACAGAGAUGCCCUAUUUUCUUCUUUUCUCCAACAGUAAGAAAUCUAAAUCAGACAAACAUACAUAAAACAAUGUUAAAAUUUUAUAAACAUUUAUAAAAAGUCAUUUUAGUCACUUCUAUUUACAGAGUAGCUAUUAAAUAACCCAUAAUAUGACAGGUACUAUAAUCCAUGUUUCCAAGAUCCAUUUAAUUUAUGACCACAACAAAAAAAAGUAUAUAAUUU